UCUUCACUCAAUCUCUGAUCCUUAUCUAUCUCUCCACACAUAUCAUCUCAAAACCGACAAACAAACCCAGCAUCAUCAUAACUACAGAAGAAGAAAAAAUGGCAACAAUCGCUGGUCUGAGUCUCUCAAACCCUAGGCUCCUCUUCAACUCAUCAGGACUCCCACAAACCAUCAAGAUCUCACCAGCUUCGUCUCUGUCAACACGCCAAACCUUAACCGGAUCAGGACGGAUGAAGCUAGUCCAACCUCUUCGUGCUGCACCAGAACAAAUAUCUAAGAAGGUGGAGGAGAGCAUAAAGAGUGCACAAGAGACGUGUGCUGAUGAUCCGGUCAGUGGAGAAUGCGUGGCUGCAUGGGAUGAGGUGGAGGAACUCAGCGCGGCGGCGAGCCAUGCGAGGGAUAGGAAGAAGGAGUCUGACCCGUUGGAGGAAUACUGUAAGGAUAAUCCGGAGACUGAGGAGUGCAAGACUUAUGAUAACUGAGAGAGAGUGUAAAAGUGAAACUGUUGCUUUGUAUGAUGAGUAUGAUGAUGAACAUGAUGAGAUUUGAGUAGUAUUGUACUUGAAUUGUGUGUGUGUUUUUAUGCAUGUUUAUGUUAGCAUCAUAGAUUAUAUAGAAUCUUAGAAGAUAAAUGUAAUUUACAUUGAAAGAUUUCUGCAACAGUUUUAUAUAUGAACUUUGUUAUGAUAA